AUGGGAAUAGAACCCAAUGAGGUUACACUUAUAUCUAUAACCUCUGCUUGUGCUAGCAGGGGAGCUAUUGAUGAAGGAAAGUACACUCAUGGCUUUGCACUGAAAUUGGGUAUGCUGUGGGAAGUUAAGCUUGUUAAUUCUCUUAUUAAUUUGUAUGGAAAGUCAGGCUAUUUGGAUGCAGUUUGUCGAUUGGUUGAGACUAUGCCUGUAGGGAAUAUAGUAUCAUGGAAUUUAAUGAUUGCAUCUCAUGCUCAAAAUGGGACUGCAGCAGAUGGAGUGGGUUAUUUUAAUCUCAUGAGAAGGGCUGGAAUUAAUCCUGAUGAUGGCACUGUCCUGUCCUUGCUUGAAGCUUGUGAGAAUCUAGGUUUACAGAAACUAGCAGAGGGUGUCCAUGGUUUGAUAACGAAAUGCGGUCUCUAUGCAAAUGCCACAGUUGCAACUGGACUGCUAGAUUUGUAUGCAAAGUUGGGGAGAUUAAAUUAUUCACUGAAGGUUUUCGAGGAGGUAAAUAAUCCCGACAAAGUAGCUUGGACUGCAAUGCUUGCAGGCUAUGCUGUGCAUGGGAAUGGGAGAGAAGCAAUGGAGCUCUUUGAAGGCAUGGUUAAGGUGGGUGUGGAGCCUGAUCACGUCACUUUCACUCAUUUGCUAAGUGCUUGUAGCCAUUCAGGGCUUGUCAAGGAGGGAAAGAAUUACUUCGACAUUAUGUCUCAAGUUUAUGGAAUUGAGCCUAGGUUGGAUCACUAUUCAUGCAUGGUUGAUCUCCUGGGUCGCUCUGGGCUUCUGAAUGACGCUUAUGAGCUGAUUAAACGUAUGCCGUUGAAGCCAAACUCUGCCGUUUGGGGGGCCCUUUUCGGUGCUUGUAGGGUUUAUGGCAACAUUGAACUUGGGAAGGAAGUAGCAGAGAGAUUAUUUUCUUUGGACCCAUCAGAUUCCAGAAACUAUAUCAUGCUAUCAAAUAUGUACUCUGCAGCUGGUUUGUGGAGAGAUGCUUCAAAGGUGAGGGCUUUGAUGAAGGAGAAAGGUCUCAUCAGAAACCCUGGAUGCAGUUUUAUCGAACAUGGAAAUAAAAUUCAUAGAUUUGCCGUGGGUGAUCGAUCUCAUCCAGAGUUAGAGAAGAUAUACACCAAAUUGGAAGAAGUGAUAGGAAAGAUUCGGGAGGCUGGAUUCGUGUCAAAAACGGAGUUUAUUCUUCAUGAUGUUGAACAAGCAGUGAAAGAAGAUAUGAUCAGUAAGCACAGUGAGAAACUAGCCAUUGCAUUUGGGCUUCUGGUGACUAAUGCUGGCAUGCCAAUAAUUAUUACUAAGAACCUUAGAAUCUGUGGUGACUGUCACAGCACUGCAAAACUCAUAUCCUUGAUCGAGAAGCGAACUAUCAUAAUUCGAGACUCUAAGCGGUUCCACCAUUUUGCCGCCGGCAUAUGCUCUUGUGGAGAUUAUUGGUGA